UUUCCCGACCAAUCAUGCAUAAAUCUAGGAAGUCAGAUUCCUCAAGCUGGUUGGUUAUCGUUGCCAAGUUGCCAACAUAAAACAGAAUGGCAAAUGGGUUCUUUAGAUGUUUUGAAUGCAAUAAGGACGCGCACGAGCUUCGCAAAGAUUACAGUAAUKGGAUCUUGAAGAUAAUAAUAUGUGAAUCCUCCCAAAGGCCUGUGGACAAGUACAUUGAAUAUGCAGUCAUUAUUCUGAUUGGUGCCAUUUUAUGCUAAACUCAAGCCUUCACACACAUUCUGUUCAACAUUACAUUGAACAUUCACUAGAAGCUGUGUGUGUUUUGCCUGCUGUGUGAGUCCUACCUGAGGUGGUCACAAAUACAGGGAUCUGAACAGAACAAUGGCCCUGCAGACAUCAUUAGAUACACCAACGAAUGGGAAUGUUUAGGAUGGCAGCUCUUGGUGUAUUGCUCAUGGGAAAAGCACAUUAUUACUAUAACAACUCAUGCACUCAUCAACAAAUAUGCAUAUGACAAUGUUAAUAUCAAUGUUAUAACAAUGUUUCCAAGUGUGGUUGAAGUGACAAAUUCUGCUUUCUUUUCAGACUUUGAACUGAGCUUAAUGCUGAAAGAAAUCCUGCUGUCCAGCUAUGGCAACAUUCUGCUCAUCCCUAUAGUCAUAUGGUAGCAUGACUAUUCCCCGCUCUGUUUCAGCCUCAUCAAGCUGUUUGUGCUCACGUCCAACUCUCAGGCUAUCAGAGUCAUUCUAUACUGCAGCAGAAGGCUCUCCCUGCUGGCUGUGUGUGUGGGUCUGCUAUUGGAGACGUGCAUAGCCCAGGCAUUUCAGACACUUCCAUGGAGCAUACAGGACAUCCUGCCAUUCCAGUGACCUGUUUCAGGCCGGUCCUAAAGAACACACUGUUACAAUGGCGCCUAUUAUACCCGGGACCAGAGAGCGGUGAGGGGAAACUAUCAGUGCUGUGUGGAGUGUGCCUAGUCAUAUAGUCAAACACUGACAAAAACCUCUCUGUUGGUAUUGGAGUUAAUAAGGAUACUGGGCAUUCCUGAGGCUAUUUGUGAAAUACCUACCACGUUAGAAAGGACAUAUUGAACAUAUUCUUUAUUCUGUGCAAUGCCAAAAACCACAGGCUGUGUAAAAGCAACAAAUAUUUUGAUAUGGAACAGAUGUAAGAUUGGUGUGUGUGUCACAGAGAGAGAGAGAGAGAGAGAGAGAGAGAGAACUUGCAGUGAGUAAUCAUACGUAUUGCCUUGAAUGCUUUAUUUCAUUGAAGCUGUACAGUAAAAGAGAGCAAUAUUCUCUUGGUGUUGCAGCCUAUAUGAUUAAGUAUAGGAGCUGUGGAAUAAUAAGCAUUUGACACACAUGUUCACAUAGGGUGGCUUUACAGUGCCUUCAGAAAGUAUUCACACCCCUGGACUUUUUCCACAUUUUCUUGUGUUACAGCCUGAAUUUAAAAUGGAUUAAUGGAAUUUAAAAUUGAUGUUUUUGUCACURACCUACASAUAAUACCUCAUAAUGUCAAAGUGGAAUUCAUAAAAAAUGAMAAUCUGAAUAUCUAGAGUUAGUAAGUAUUCAACCACUUUGUUAUGGCAAGCCUAAAUAAGUUCAGGACUCUGUGUUAAAUAAUAGUGUUAAA